AUGGGAAAGACAUUAAAAACAAAUAAAUAUUUUAAGGACCUGGUGCGAAAUUUGGAUAAUAACAACCUCAAUCAAGUGCUUGAACCGGGUGGCAUGUUCAACAUCUCGGCUGUUCCCUCUCUUUUAAACCCAACUACAACAAGCCUGAGUGAAUCGACCCUGGGCAUUGCAGAGUUUGUGAGUGAUCUAACUGAGGCUUCUACACUGGCAGCUUUGGGCAUUAUGUUCUUGACUAAUAAUGGCGACUGGAACCCUUGCGUGCCAAAUAAGACACUGCCGGUCUAUAUCAGAUUUGUAGACAACUCCACGCCCAAUCGAGACAAGAUCUCCAAAGAAGUGUGCAGUCUACCAGCCUCGGACCAGACUGCCCUUUUUGCACCUACUAACGACUUCCUUCAAGAGGCUAUGAACGACACCAGCACAGCCCAGGCAUUCAUGAACUUCUUCUUUAUCGUCUCUUCUCCGUCUUUGAGGCCAGCUGUGGAAAACACUGUCAAAAGUCUCACAGACUUGUUUUCUGCAUAUGGAAAUGACAGGCCAGGAGGGAAUACUAGCCUGUUGACGUUCUUCUGCGGAGAGCUUGACCAAAUGGGAGCUUCGGCCAUGAAAGAUUUCAAUGACACAUCUUCGAGUGACGUUGAAGGACUAAAAGCGAAUGCGUAUGAAGAUGACCCGGACCUCAGCAAGCAAUGCAACGACAUCUUCAGGAACUACACGUCCCAGUCAAUAGUCACCAGCAACAUCUGGAGUUUUUUGAAGCCAGUUGUGGUUGGAAAUAUUUACUAUACUCCCAUUAACCCAGAAACUGACCUUUUAAUGGCAACUUUUGACAAAUAUUUCAAUGCGUAUGCAACGGUUGUGCAACAAUUAACCAAGCUGGCAGACUCGAAAGACGAACUUUACUAUGAUCUACAGUAUCUGGCUGGCUCUGACCCGAGUACUCAAGUCAAAAACUACAACGUGUCCUACCAAAUUCUGAAAGCCAUUUAUACAUUUGUGAUGGAUGGUCAGGCGCAGAAUUAUACAACAGAUGAUCUGGCAUACUGGGAAAAAACAUUUAACCAGACAUUUGACUCUUUGUCCGAAGUUUCCCUUCUCAUGUCUUGCUUUCUCACAAAUAGGACUUACGGGGUUUCGUCCGAGACCAAAAUGCAGGAAAUUGUAGCACCUCUGAUUGACAAACGGAAGGUUUUAGCUGGGAUCGUCUUUGAAAACUUCGGAACAUCGGUCAAAAUAAAAGAAUCCCGAGACGCUAAGUCCUCCGGAAGACAAAGACGAGCUGUCAAAAUUCCAAAGACAAUGACUUACAAGAUCCGGUUAACCAGCGGAGAUGUUCCGGAUACAAAUGUAGAUGUCAGACAGCCUUGGACUCCCGAACCUCUUACGAAUAUUCUUCCGCCAAGUCUCGAUUUGAAAAGUCUGUCUUCAGGCCAGGUAAUUUUGAUGGACAUUCUAGAAAAAGCGUUUAUAAGACUUCAUGUCAUCGAGAAUGGUUUGGAAAACGAUACCGAAGAAAUUGGAACCUGGAUCAAACAGUUCCCGACUCCAUGUUAUAUUGAAGAUUAUUUCCUCUCUUACAUCAAGUACCUUAUUUCAUUUUUAAUGGUUGUCUCGUGGAUAGCUCCAGUCGCAAUUACAACCAAGAGUAUCGUCUACGAAAAGGAAUCACGACUCAAAGAAGUGAUGCGAAUCAUGGGACUCAAAGGCUCGGCUCACUGGCUUUCGUAUUUCGUGUCAACGUUUACAAUUUUACUUAUAACUUUGAUAUUCCUGUCGAUUAUAGUAAAGUAUGGUAAAAUAUUAACAUAUUCGGACAUCACUUUGCUUCUUUUUCUGUACCUUGCGUAUGCUGUCGCGACUAUCAUGUACUGUUUCGUUUGUUCGGUUUGCUUCGGAAAAGCGAAUCUAGCAGCCGCUGUUUCUUCAAUUUUAUUUUUCAUCACCUGGCUUCCUUUCAGUUUUUACCAAUCGUACCAAUACACGAUGCCCUAUUACAUAAUAUUUCUUAUAAGCCUGCUGCCGAACACUGCGUUUUCUAUUGCAAUUGCGCUGUUUGUAGACUUUGAGCGCCAGGGCGUCGGCGCCCAGUGGGUUUUCAUAAAUAGGGGACCCGAUACGGAUAACUCUUUCUCGGUUGCGCAUUGUAUUCUGAUGUUAUACAUUGAUUCUCUACUGUUCCUUUUUGCGGCACUUUUGAUUGAGCGGUUGAACCCUGGAGAAUUUGGAGUUCAGCAGAAGUUAUGUAAGAAAAGGAAAAAGGCGAAACACGACGAUCGGGACAACUCGGAGAUCGAAUUUGACCCGAAUUUUCAAGUCGAAGGCCCCAGCUUUGAAAAAGAGCCUGAAGGUCUAGAAAUUGGAGUUCAAGUUCGAAAUUUGAUGAAAGUUUACUCAGCUGGGAACAAAAAAGCUCUAAACAAUUUGAAUAUCAAUUUUUACCGCGACCAAAUUACAUCUUUUUUGGGCCACAACGGAGCGGGUAAAACGACUACUAUGUCAAUAAUUUGCGGACUUUACAGGCCUACAAGUGGGGCUGUUUUUAUUGAUGGGAUCAGCGUCCAAGAUUAUCCAGACUUGGCUCGAAAAAGGAUUGGAAUUUGUCCUCAAUACAACGUACUAUUCGGUGACCUGACAGUUUUGGAUCAUUUGGUGUUCUACGCUAAAUUGCGUGGCAAACGGAAGAAGGACAUUAAGGAAUUUUCGGAGCAAUUGUUGAAGGACUUGGAGCUUCCGGACAAGGCGAAUAUAAAAACGAAGAACUUGUCGGGAGGCAUGAAACGGCGUCUCUCAGUGGCCAUUUCAUUCAUAGGUGACAACACGACGGUGAUUCUGGACGAGCCAACCGCGGCGGUGGAUCCGCAUAGCCGGAGGGGAAUUUGGGAACUACUGGCCAAGUACAAGAAGGGGAGGACUAUCCUUUUGUCUACUCACCACAUGGACGAAGCUGAUGUAUUAGGCGACCGGAUUGCAAUCAUUAAUGACGGCGAACUGGUCUGUGCUGGAACGUCUCUGUUCCUCCGUCGCCAGUACGCGGAGGGAUACCAGCUAGUUUUAGUUCGAGAUCCGGAGGCGAACCCCUUCUACGAAUCCGAAUCAGAAACCAGCGAGCCUGAAGACUCAAAACCAGUCGUUCGUUCGGGAGAAGAAGGAGAAACGGAUAACCAGAGUGCCGGUCGGAAAACUACGUUUAGCAUGCAUACUGUUAAACUGGAAAUCGCGAAGUCUCAAGCAGCUGGCAAAAAAUGUCUCAAGUUUAUCAAAAAGAUUGUCAAUGGCGCCAGUUUGAACAAAAGCGUGGGCUUCGAAAUGACCUUUACACUCCCUUAUAACUCUUUGGGGUCGGGAAAGUUUACAGAACUUCUGGAAGGGAUCGAAGCUAAUAAGGAGAAGUUAGGAAUCUCUGAUUAUGGAGUGUCGGAUACUUCUUUAGAAGACAUUUUUCUAACAGUCGCAGAACAACGAGAACCAGAAAUUAGCCCGAUUUUGCGGAAAAAGUGGACAUAUUACUGUUGUUGCGGAUGUUGUAGUUGUUGUUGUAAAGGCGAAAAGGCGGAGAGAUUUUUCUACAAAAAAAUAAUUCCUGAUGAACAUUUAGACCAACUUCAAAUGGAUGAAACUGCAGAAGCUGCGCCUUCGAUUGAGUACAAAUGCUUGAGUGGUCGCAAAUUGAAAAACCAGCAGAUUAUUGGUCUGUAUCUGAAAAGAUGGGAUAAUGUCAAACGCAGCCCGAAAGCUCUUUUUUCAUCGCUCAUUCUGCCACCUUUGUUUAUUUUUGUCGGGAGUUUAAUUGCAGUUUUAGUCGCACCCGCAAAUGAAGAGCAACCGAACAAACUUCUAACUGUUUAUGACGUUAAUGGACCUAAAAAUGGGCCAUACAUGUUUGGUUCACUUCCGACCAUAGAAGACCCAAAUAUGACUCGCUUAAUGAAAGACUUGAUAGACUACCCCCAUCAUUCAUUUAGGUGCAUCAAAGGCUUAGAGGAAAAACAAUUCCCUUGCAUCAAGAAAAAUGAUAAGUUUACAAAACCAAAAACGCCCGCAUUUUUAGCUGGAUCAAAAUCGAAGUAUGAUCCCUUUAAUCCAAAUUCAAGAAAACCAUCACCAGAAUGCGAUUGUGAAAGCGGGUACCCCGUGUGCGACGCAAUGGCGGGGGGUCCCGUGCCCCCGAGAAAAACCCUGGACACCACAGACAAACUGCAGAACCUAACAAGUCGGAACAUUUCCGACUACAUUCUGAAAACACGACUGGAUUAUAAGUUCAAAAGACUGUACGGUUAUGAAGUUAGACCGUUAACAAAUUACGAUGGAACAUUUGACUACAAAGGAUUCAGAAAAUCUUUUAAGCUACUCGAGAUGUUUUUUGAGAACAACACUUUCGUUACUCCUAAUUACACUUCGGGGCUAGAUUGGGUCGAAUUUUUCCACGAAUUAAACUCUAUUGGCAAUUACACUAUCACAAAACAAAAUGUCAAAGUCUGGUGGAACAAUAAAGCAAUUCAUGGUUUAAGUAGUACAGUGAAUGCUUUGAAUAACUUGGUUCUCAGAUACAGUCUACCGUCUAGCAAAGCAAAAGACGAAUACGGAAUCAAAGCGUACUCUCACCCUUGGGCAAGGUCUGUUGAACAAAUUGCCGACGAUGUCGUCCAACAACAGUUCAACAACAUCAUCUUGGCCAUUUGGGUCAUCAUUGCUCUUAGCUUUGUUCCAGCUAGUUUUGUGGUGUACCUGGUAGAAGAACGGAACUCUAAAUCGAAACAUCUCCAAUAUGUUUCUGGAGUGACUCCGACUAUUUUUUGGAUAUCAGCGUUUAUUUGGGAUCUCACAGCGUAUAUGGUAUCUAUAGCUCUGUGUAUUAUCAUCUUUGUGAUGUUCCAGGAAGAAUGCUACGUCAGCAAAGACAAUUUCGGAUGUUUGCUCCUUCUGCUUCUUUUGUACAGCUGGGCCGUUACGCCUCUUAUGUACUUAGCCAGUUAUAUUUUCAGGAACUCCGCAACCGCGUAUGUCCUCAUGAUUCUGCUAAAUUUCUUUGUCGGCUACACGACCACUUUGGUCACAUUCAUGUUUGAUUUGUUCAAAGGUGAUAUGGAAGAGGUGAACAAAGUCCUCGAAAUUUUGUUCCUGAUUUUUCCUCAGUACUGUUUAGGACGAUCAUUAUUCGAAAUGGCCUUGAACCAAGCAAUGGCAAACCAGCUUCAAAACUAUGGAACGUACGAGUUCAAAAACCCAGUCGAAUUUGACAUCGCCGGAAAACUUCUUUUGAGUUUGUCGAUUCAAGGUUUUGUGUUUUUUGCAAUUCUCCUGUUGUUUGAAAAUCGCCACGUCAUAAGAAGAAUGAUUCACAAGAAAAAACAAGAAAAGCAAAAAAAUCCUGAUGUUUUCUCAAGAAAAACUUCUGUUUACAACGAGCCACAGGAUUAUGAGAGCGAUGUCGUCGGAGAGGAGGCGGCGGUUCUGGACGGCGACCAUUCAACUGCUCCAGUUGUCGUAAAACAACUCCGAAAACGGUUCGGUAAAUGCAAAAAGACUUUCGUCGCUGUUCGAAAUCUAACAUUCCACGUCAACAAAGGAUCCUGUUUUGGACUCCUAGGCGUGAAUGGAGCAGGUAAAACAACAACGUUUCAAAUGUUGACAGGCGACAUUUUACCGACGAAGGGCAAAGCGUUCGUCGGUGGUUACAAUGUGGUGACUCACUUAAACGACACUAGAAAACAACUCGGAUAUUGUCCACAGUUCGACGCGCUUGACAACCUUCUAACGGUUCGUGAGAACUUGAAACUCUACGCUCGAUUAAGAGGAAUUCCGAAAAAUGUGAGACGAGAGGUGAUUAUGAGUUUGAUCAGACGCAUGGAAUUGAGUAUAUAUGCGGACAGAAUGGUAGGCACGCUAAGCGGCGGUAAUAAAAGGAAAUUGUCAACUGCUAUUGCUCUAUUGGGUGACCCUCAGAUUGUAUUUUUGGAUGAACCUACGGCUGGGAUGGAUCCGAAAGCAAGAAGGUUCCUUUGGAAAUGUGUCCUUGACGCCGUGAAAGAGGGCCGAUCAGUUGUUCUCACCUCCCAUUCCAUGGAGGAGUGUGAAGCCCUGUGUACCACUUUGGCCAUAAUGGUCAAUGGAGAGUUCAAAUGUAUGGGCACAACCCAACAUCUCAAAAACAAGUACGGCGAAGGCUAUUUAGUCGAAGUUAAGACAAAACCGGGACUCUCCGAUGCGGCAGAGGCGCACUUCCUUGCCAAGUUCCCAAACGCUAUAGUAAAAGACAAACUUCCUACUUUAGUUAUGUUUCAAGUUCCAGUGUCUGGCUUAAGUGUCGCCGAGAUCUUUAAAUUCAUGGAAGAAUCCAAAGCGCCGCGACGCGAGUCGGGCGUCGCGGAUUUAUCCGACGUGGGCGAGGAUGGAAAAAUGGUUGACGACUAUUCUAUAAGUCAGACUACUUUGGAUCAGCUGUUCAUUAGUUUCGCCAACAUGCAAACGGAUGCACGCGAGGGGAGUUUACCACGAACGACCUUGUAUGACCCGAGAGAGAGCAAAUACUUCUCGGCAAGGCCAGUGUCCGAAGAUGAUGACGAAAACUCAAAUGUUGUCGGCAACGAACGAUACGAUGAGCAAAACUUCCAAGAAAACGAAGAUGCUAAAAAUGAAGCCGUUCGAAAACGUUCUAUAAAAAGUUCAAAAGCGGAUAAAUCACCUUUGGGCGAAAAAAAGUCGAUUGAUAAAAACGCGAAGACCGAAAAAGCAUCUGCGCCAAAAGAAACCGAGGAGGUGACUCCUGAAAACGAGGUAGUUACUAAAUCGACUUUGAAAAAACGAGUAAGAAAGAAUUCAGAGGCGACGGAUAAAAUAGAGGAGCCAUUUCUACUCAACCCGUCUCAAGAAAAUGUCGAUGAUGAUGGCACUAAUGAGAAAAAAGACAAUUUCAAUGAGUCGCCUACGAACGCAAAGGACUCGUCGGGAACCUCAGAAGCGAUGAAAAGACGAGUGAGGAAGAAGAAGUCAUCUACUACUUCCUCAGUGACAAAACUGCCAUCGUUUAUUGAAGUCGUCAACUCAACGACAAUGGAAAAAGCGAUGAUGCCUAUCGAGUUCAUAACCCAGCAAGAAGUGGUUAUAAAGAACGAAACCAACUUCUGGAAAUUAAAGAAGAGGGAGGAACACGGCUACAUCCUCAAGGCAGGAGGCACGCAAGUCACCAUCCCGUUUGAGGGAGUAACUGCCUUUCCGAAACAUGUAAAAAACAAACAAGAAGAUUAA